GCCCAGAGCGGAAGUGGAGGAGCAGCCGGAAGUAGCCGGAGUCUGAGGAGGAGAGACAGGCGGACAGACUUUGACAGGAGCCGGAGCUGCGCAGAGGCGUUGGUGGCCAUGGAGUUGGGCGAGCUUCUCUAUAACAAGUCCGAGUACAUCGAGACGGCAUCGGGGAACAAAGUUAGUCGCCAGUCUGUACUGUGUGGAAGUCAGAACAUCGUUCUCAAUGGCAAGACCAUUGUGAUGAAUGACUGUAUUAUUCGAGGGGAUCUGGCAAAUGUAAGAGUUGGACGUCAUUGUGUCGUGAAAAGUCGGAGUGUCAUAAGGCCACCAUUCAAGAAAUUCAGCAAAGGCGUUGCAUUUUUUCCUCUACAUAUUGGGGACCAUGUCUUUAUUGAGGAAGAUUGUGUGGUCAACGCAGCUCAGAUUGGCUCUUAUGUUCACGUUGGCAAGAACUGUGUGAUUGGGCGCCGGUGUGUGUUGAAAGACUGUUGCAAAAUUCUCGACAACACAGUAUUACCCCCAGAAACUGUGGUCCCACCAUUCACCGUCUUCUCAGGCUGCCCAGGACUCUUCUCAGGGGAGCUCCCAGAAUGUACCCAGGAGCUGAUGAUUGACGUCACGAAGAGCUACUACCAGAAGUUUUUGCCCUUGACACAGGUCUAAUGUCUCUGCCUUGUGUCUCGAAUUUGCUUGAGCUCUAAGAUGAACUUGGGGACAAAGUGAGCCAGUCAGCAUCUACAAAGAGCUCUUGUGUCUUUGACACCUCCCACCCUCUUUCUUUCUUUUUUUUUUUUUUUUUUUUUUUUUGAUUUAAUUCUUUAGAGUUUCUCAAUCCUCCCAGGCUCUAAGCUCUUAAAACUUUAAUAACAGAACGUCUAGAGGAGUUGUCUCCAAAUGCUGUGCUUAAACCAUAUCUAUUGACAGUCACUCUGUACCAUUAUGUGUGGAACAUGGACUCAUCUGUUUCCAGCACUCCCACCCCUUGGUCCUGUGGGUGGCUGGAUGGAGCAGGGCAUUCUCUCCCAGUGGGGAGGUUGUGACGCUCUUGUGCUGCCCAUGGCCAUGAGCUACCACAGUGAGCUCUGCUCACAGGGAUCACUCUCAGCUUCCCUGCUGCUCACACAUUUGACCAGUUGCCACAGCUGCUCAUAAUCUGGAAAAAAAAGUGUUUUGCGACUUUUCAGAGCCCAGAUUCCUGUUGGCUACUAAAACUUGAAGGGAGGAUAGUUAGUAUUUCUCUUCUUUCCAGAGUGACCUGAACUGUCAUUUUAAUUCAGGGUGACUAAUAAAAGACUUUCUAGCAUCUAUUCUAGGGCCUUGGCUUUCACUAAAAGGGGGGCCCUUAGCAUCCAGAUUUUACUUUUGCAAGGUCCCAGGUUUGAGUCUCCCACGUGGGUGGACUAGUCUGGCAGCCACUCCUUGCCUCAUGGUGUUUGGGGACAGCAGUAUAUGCCUUAUUUCAUUUGUGACACUUGCUUCCUGGCCUAAAACCAUUCAGCCCACCCUUUCUUUGCCAUAAACCUCACAGUUCAGACCAAAAUAUCUGUACUUGGGCCCAAUCUCAUAUGUACAUGGAGGCCUCUUAAAAUCAUUCUGGGGACACAGAGCCCCAAGGAGUAAACGAAGUUGCCAGGGCCGUUCUUAGCUUCUGGGUAAUAGCACAACCCUUCCUGUUCUGCUCUGGCCUCUUGGUUUAGUAGGAAGAUAUAGGAGUGAAGACCUGAGAAGGCUGGCCUUGCUUGAAGCUCUGAUGCUGCUCUGAAUGGGGUAGGACAGUUUAGCCUUGAAGGUUAGAAUCUAGCAGCAGCUGUCUUGACUUAAUAUCUGGUUAUGGGGUUUGCAAAAAGAGCUGUAUGUAGUCAUCUCUGCUAGUUCAAUGUAAAACUGCUUUCUGGUUUGUCAUUUUUUGUGUUUGUACAUUAAAAGAUUGACACAUGAAACAA